AUGAAGUUUGUUGCUGCCUAUCUGCUUGCUGUCCUCGCUGGCAACAAUGACCCCUCUGUGGAGGAUCUGAAAACUGUUCUGGAGUCAGUUGGUGCUGAGAUUGACACUGAUAAGAUGGAACACCUGCUGUCCCAAUUGAGUGGCAAGGACAUCACUGAGCUCAUUGCUGCCGGUAGGGAGAAGUUUGCUUCUUUCCCUAGCGGUGGCGGUGCUGAGAAGAAGGAAGAGAAGGUGGAAGAGAAGGAAGAGAGUGAUGAUGACAUGGGCUUCAGCCUGUUCGACUAA